UAACUUAAACUAGGCCUUUCGUAAUGUCGGAUCGUCCAAAUGCGGUGGCUCUAGCCGCGACACUGGCAGGUGUCGCUGUCUUUAAAUACACAUGUUUAGUUUGGAUGUCCAACAAGUAUCGAACCAGGCCAUUCGAGAAGGUCGGAACUAUUUCGGAGCUGUACGUGUUCCCGACCAAAUCGCUCGGGGGGCUUCGAGUCGACUCGGCUGAUUGCACACCCACUGGCUUAACAUUUCAAGGUGUCACAGACAGACACUGGGCUGUGGCGGCGAGCACGGGAGUUUACGUCACGCAGCGCCAGAUCCCUAAGAUGGCGCUCAUUUCCACCAGUCUACAGGGAGAUACUAUGCUCCUGGACGCCCCAGGGAUGUCCUCCCUCAUUAUCCCUAUCCACCCCAAGCAGGGACCAAAGACAUGGGUCUCGAAAAUUAAAAUAAAGGAGGAGUGGUCAACUUCUUUGGACCUCGGUGAUGAGGCGGCCAGCUGGAUGGACAAGUUUCUUGGCAAGACUGGACUACGUGUUCACUUCUCGUCCCCAGAAAUGGACAAGCGUGACGCGUCUAAUGUCACAAAACUAUGGAAACACAACGCCAAAAAGGGCGACACGCUGGCGUUCUCCGACUAUUGUGGUUAUAUGCUAAUGACCUCAGCAAGCCUUAACGAGCUCAACAAACGAUUGGCUGAGCCAGUGACCAUGCUGAACUUCCGGGCGAACAUUGUGGUGGACGAAUGUCCAGCCUUUGAUGAGGAUGAUUGGGACGAAGUUAAGAUCGGUAAAGCAACAUUCAGAAACAUCGAUGCAUGCACAAGGUGUAUCUUGGUGACGGUAGAUCCAUUUAAGGGAGAGAAGAGCAAGGAUGAGGAACCACUGACCACGCUGAAAAAGUUCCGUUUGAAGCCACCUUAUGGUCCGAAACCAUGCCUGGGAAUCCAUCUUGCCAUGGACCAUAAUGACACCAUACACACUGGUGAUGUGGUAUACGCAAGGAGGAAGCGGAACUAGAUCUAGAUAACCGGAAACGGAAAUAAUAAUAUAAUGAUUUCGUUGUUUUGUAAAAGUGAAUAAUUUUUCAAAUAUUCUAGAGUGUUACUAUAUAUGUGCAGCACAAAUGAAUUUACAGGAAUGAUUGUUUUGUCUUGACUGAUACAUUUGUGCAAUGUCACAAGCAAGAUGUAAUGAAGUGCCCUUUUUAUUUCUUGUUUGAAAAGGAGAACACUAUCAUAUACAAUUAUAAAUCAGUGAUGAAAUAUUUGUUGUGAAUGUUAUACAUUGUUGGAAGAGAGCAAAUACAUAGGAUACAUAUUUCACGUUCUUACUAACGUGUGUAAUUAUACAUCUGUCACAUAUCUUUUAUAUAUGAAACUACAUAUCUGGUAUAUGAAUACACUAAUAUCAUUGUGUAUAGAUGUGAUUACAGGUCUGUCAUAAGAUCAACCAAAUGUUAUUACAGAUUCCUCACAUACCAAAGUAUAGAUAUAUAUUUACCGAAAUUUCAUAUGAUCACACUAAUGUUAUUCAUAUCUGUCAUAAGAUCACAUAAAUGUAAUUCAUAUCUGACAUAAGAUCACAUAAAUGUAAUUCAUAUCUGACAUAAGAUCACAUAAAUGUAAUAACAGGUCUGUCAUAUGAUUACACAAAUGUAAUUACAGGUCUGUCAUAUGAUUACACAAAUUUAUUUACAUGUCUGUCAUAUGAUAACACAAAUUUAAUUACAUGUCUGUCAUAUGAUUACACGAAUGUAAUUACAUGUCUGUCAUAUGAUUACACUAAUGUAAUUACGGUUCUGUCAUAUGAUUACACAAAUUUAAUUAAUACAUGUCUGUCAUAUGAUUAUACUAAUGUAAUUACGGUCUGUCUUAAGAUUACACAAAUGUAGUACGGGUGUGUCAUAAGAUUACACUAAUGUAAUUACGGGUCUGUCAUAUGAUUACACUAAUGUAAUUUCAUAUCUGUCACACACAUUACUAUAGAUGUAAUAACAGAUCUGUUUUAUGAUUACUCUAAUAUAAUUACAUAUCUGUCACAUAUCAUUGUAUCAUUUUAUAGAUGUAAUUAUAGAUAGGUCACAUAUAAUCAUACAGAUGUAAUAAACGAAAGUUCAUGAAUAUAAUUACACUAAUGUAAUUACAAAUCGGUCACAUCAAUAUAUACUUAUGUCAUUACAAGUUUGUUAUUACUUUAAGUCUUCCGACUUAUCAGUUACAAUAUAUAUACAGUACAAUAUAAUAUAUAAAACAUAUGUUUAAUAAAAUAUGAAUUUAGCUCUUAUGUCAGCAUUACAAGGACAUUUCAAAAUGAAACGAAAUUCAAUUUCUACCUCAUUCAUAUUACAUAAUGUCCACAAUCUGUUUCCUCUUUCGAUAUUGUUUUACCUGCCACAUUCAAUAUUUAAUCUGUGUGCUGAUAGUCUUAUUUUAUAAAGAUGUUUUACAUAAUUGAUAUUGAUAGAUUUAUACAAAUAAAAUAACAAAUAUAUUGAUAAAAGUGCACCUUUUGCAGAGGAUGUUAUUUUUUCAAGACAUUCUUGUUUGAAUAUACAAAAAUAUGUAUCAUUAUUUAGACUCGGGGCUUCCCACACAUAAGCCAGACCAAUUACGUAUAAUUCUUGCCUCACCUUACUAACCAUAUAUCCUAGUUACAUCGUAUCUCAGAGUAGCAUUAUUUUAAAAUAUAGUUUUCAGAACCUCUUAAUUUUAUCCAAUAUUUGAAAAUACGAAAUUUUCGAACUAUAUUCAUAGGAUACCUUCCUAGUUCAUAAUAUGCCAUAUAAUUACCUGCCUUACUAUGUAACCUCAAAAUCAAUUUGCAAAAAAAUACAUGUAACUUUUCUAUAUCCGGUGCUGCAUGGAAGCCCCAUACUUACGUAAUUACAUAUUUGUCUUGGUACGUACUAUUUAUAUAA